AUGUCAGAAUCGAAAGUUUUGCUUAAAUUUAAAGCACUUGCUGCCUUGUUACUGGAGUUUGAGGCUGAUUUUGACGCCAUGAACAAAGACUCGGUAACUAUGUUCGCUGUUGAGCCUCGUAAGGUUGAAUUGAAAAGAUUAUGGGCCAGAAUAAAUUCUACUUAUGAACAUGUUUGUAUUGAAAGUAGUGAAUUCAAAGACGAAGCAGCUAAUCUUUAUAGGCAGUGUAGGGAAGCGUACAUGUGUUGCUCCGCGCAAAUGGGUGAAUUGUCCCAGUCCUUUGGGGACAACUCUACAUUAUCAUCGACAAUGGUUAGUCCUAGUCAGCGAACAAGACGUUUGGAAAAUAACGUUUCUGACCAUCGCUUGCGCUUGCCUCCUUGUACGACGGAGAUUUUUCAUGGUGAUUAUUUGUCGUGGCCGUCUUUUAGAGACAUGUUCACUGCGGUAUACAUUGAUUGUAAAUCGAUCACGCCGGUGGAUAGAUUGUUUUAUUUACGCCAAAGUACUCAAGGUGAAGCUUUAGAAAUCGUUAAAAAAUCACCUUUGACUAACGAUGGGUUUGCAAAUGCAUGGUCAAAUCUAAAGGACAGAUAUGAGAAUAAGCGCAUUUUAGUGAACAGUCAAUUGAAGGUUCUUUUUAAUCUGGUUUCAGUCAAGAAUGAGUCAGCUGGAGAGAUUAAACGCCUCCAAAGGGACGUUAACAAUUGUAUUACGGCCCUAAAGUUACACGAAAUCAACAUUGAUAGCUGGGAUCCGAUUUUUGUGUUUCUAUGCUCCACUAAAUUGCCCACAAAUACAUUAUCGCUUUGGGAGCAGACCGUUAGUAAAAAGACAGAAGUUUCCAAGUGGUCGGAUCUAGAUGAAUUUUUGACAGCCAGAUUUCAGUCGUUAGAGACCGUAUACGACUUAACACAUUCAAAGGAAGUUAAGUCUCCUGAAGUUAAACCACCGAUUGAACAUUCUCGUUCGAGCAGGAGGGUAAAGUCUUAUCAGGCUAACAUAAAUAAAAAAUCGUGCUUUAUAUGUUGGCAGGAUCAUUGGUUGAAAUCUUGUCCGAAGUUUCUGAAGAUGAAUCAUGAACAAAGAUUUGUGGCGACAAAAAGAAAUAACCUUUGCCUGAACUGUUUCAGUAACAAUCAUAAACUCUCUCAAUGUACAAAGAAUACAAGUUGUUCAAAAUGUAAUUUAAAGCAUCAUACUCUUUUGCAUAGAGAGUCUAAACAGGCGGGUUCCGGAUCGAUGGCUAAUUCGGAUGCCCAACCUAGUACUAGCCGGCAGGCAGCGCAAACUAAUAUUGAGUCUAGAGUGCAGAAUUGUUUUGUAGUUACUCGAAAACAGGUUCUACUGGGAACGGCGAUUGUUCAAAUUGACGUGAAUGGUGUAAUUUUUGUUGCUAGAGCUUUAAUUGAUUCGGGAUCUCAGGCAACAUUCAUUUCUGAAAAAUUGCAGCGACGUCUUAAUCUGCCCAUUAAAAAAGUAAACGCUAGGAUUUCCGGUCUGAAUGAUGUUUUAGCUGGGUCUGCUGAGAAACAGUGUACAUUUUUGUUAAAAUCGCCUCAUAAUGACAGUUUUGGAGUCCAAGUUUCUAGUUUGGUUUUGCCAAAAUUGACAGUAAAACUGCCUAGCUAUACUUUGGAUGUUCCAGAUAUCUACUCGCUCGGUAUUGUACCUUUGGCUGAUCCUAAAUUUGCAAUGAGUGAUCAGGUUGAUAUUUUGCUUGGUGGUGACGUUUAUCCUCAGAUUGUGUUGGAUGGAGUGCAUCGAAACGUCUUAGGGUCGUUGUUGGCACAAGAAACUAUUUUCGGUUGGGUUCUCACAGGCCCGAUUGCUAAUCCAAGCCCUGUAUCAUUUACAACGUGUGUUUCCUUUUGUACGGCUGUCGAGAUGGACAAACUUUUAGAAAAGUUUUGGGAGUUAGAAGAACCACCGAAAGUGACAGUAUACAGUCCAGAAGAAGAAUAUUGUGAGGAAGUUUAUCAAAAGACCACCAAAAGGUUGCCCGAUGGUCGAUAUAUGGUUUCGUUGCCUUUUAAACCUCAGUUUGAGGGCGGAACGGUUCUUGGUAUAUCCAGAACAAAAGCUUGUAGACAAUUUUUGCGAAACGAGGCGUCUUUGUGUAAGAAACCGGAAUUUAAGUCCAUAUAUGAUAGUGUGUUGGAAGAGUACGAGUCUUUGGGUCAUAUGGCAGAAGUUACGCAAGAUGAAGAAGAAUCAAGGUCUUUCUAUCUGCCUCAUCAUGCUGUCAUUAAACCUGAAAGUUCAUCUACAAAAGUUAGAGUCGUUUUUAAUGCUUCUAGCAAGUCCUCUUCAGGGUUGAGUUUAAAUGAUACUUUAUACCCAGGCCCAAUUCUUCAGAAUGACUUGAUGUUAUUGAUAAUUCGUUGGCGAUUUUAUCGGUAUGUCUUCAAUGGCGAUAUUGAAAAGAUGUAUCGUCAGAUUUGGUUAAAUGGGGAUCAUACCAGGUUUCAGAGAUUGGUUUUUCGUAAGGAUCCUAAAGCUGAAUUGAAAAACUUUGAAUUGAAAACUGUGACGUUUGGUGUCAAUUGUGCACCUUUUUUGGCCAUUAGAACUUUGCUCCGGUUAGCAUCAGAUGUUGAAGAGGAAUUACCUUUAGCGGCCAAAAUUCUGCGCCGUAUGAUGUACGUAGAUGACGCCCUAGCAGGUGCUCAUGAAUUGGAACUGGCAAUUGAAGCUAGAGAUCAGUUGGUUUGCGCUCUAUCCUCGGCCGGGUUUUCCAUGAGAAAAUGGACUUCGAACAAUGAGAAAAUAUUGCAAGGGUUACCUCCAGAUCAUCUUCUUACCGAAAAUUUUUUGGAGAUUGAGGACGAAAGUAAUACGAAAACUUUAGGCAUAAGAUGGAAUGCAAAGAGUGACUUUUUCUAUUUUUCGGUGAAACCCAUUGAAAUGAAGCUGGAGUUCACUAAAAGGGAGGUUUUAUCCAUAAUUGCCAGCUUGUUUGAUCCCGCAGGUUGGCUUGGACCCGAUAUUAUAGUUGCAAAAAUGUUAAUGCAGGAGAUUUGGAGCGAAGUAGGUGGACCCAUCUUGUCUCCACCCGAACCCGAAAUAAGUGAAGCACCGGAAUCGAUAAUAAACCGAUGGCAAAGGGUUAAAGCUUUGAAUCAACGUUUGUGUGUACGUUGGAAGAAUGAAUAUUUGAAGGAGCUCACCAAACGGAACAAGUGGAAAAAUCCCGAUGAAAAUGUUAAAGUCAAUGAUAUGGUUGUUAUCAAAGAAGAUAAUAUUCCGCCUAAUGAAUGGAGAUUAGGUCGCAUAACUAAAGUGUUACCAGGCGUCGAUCAGUUAGUGCGGGUUGCAGAGAUCAAGACUGAAAGGGGUUUGAUAAUUAGAAUCAUGGUUAAAGCUAAGAAAUACAAUGCCGAAAAUCGUGUGAACAAGAGACGUAUUGUUUGCCGAGUGUGUCUAAAGGAUCAUCCACUUCGGUUUUGUCGCAAGUUCCUGGAUAUGGAUUACGUCGAAAGAAUGAAGAUAAUCUCCAUUUAUAAGCAUUGUGCUGGUUGUCUGGCACACGAUCACACGUGGCGCACGUGUGAGAGCACCGCCCACUUUCCGCGAACACAAAUACGCACUACUUGCAUUUUCGAAUUCCGCCAAAAUAUCUUGCGAGAUAACGUUGCGGAAACCUCAUUGUCGUCACAAAUUAAAGUUCAAGUGAAAAUAAUGAAACAAUGA